GCCCGCUCGGCUGCAAACUCCGAGAGAGAGAGAGGGAGGGGGCGAGGAAUAGAUAGAUAGAAGGGUAGGGGGUGGGAGGAUAUAGAAGAUGGCUGACUCGGCUGUCCAGAUGCAGUCCUCUCUGGUGUUAACAGGCACAUCUCCACUGCCGCUCUCCUCACCUCAACAAUGACAGCCGACCAUUGAGGGAGGGAGAGAGGGAGGGAGGGGGUGAAGAGAGAGAGAGGUGGAGGAAAAAUAUAUUCCUCAUAUUAACAAAAAAAAAUCCAACACACGGGCUAAAGUCGCCGGCGUCACAUUUCGGUGGGAGAGAAGGUUUUGUGACAGCUCGGGGUGGAGGAGGGAGGUUGAGUGGAUUCUCCCUCCCUCCUCUCUCUCUCUCUCACACACACACACACACACACACAUAAACCAUGGCAGAGAUGGAGAAGGAGGGCAGACCGCCGGAAAACAAGAGAAGCAGAAAGCCGGCUCACCCCGUCAAGAGGGAAAUAAACGAGGAGAUGAAGAAUUUUGCAGAAAACACCAUGAACGAACUCCUUGGCUGGUAUGGAUAUGAUAAAGUGGAAUUAAAGGAAGGGGAAGAUAUUGAAAUUAAGAACUACCCUGUGGAUGUUGAGGGCCGCCAACAUGUUUCUGUUUUGAAAGAGAACUCCUUGCCAAAACUAAAACUAUCCGAAGAAAGUGUCAUUACUUCACCAUCAAACUCCAACGCAAGCUUUCCAGGAAUGACGGCAGGAAACGGGCUUUCCGAAAUGCCAGCUGGAUCAAAGGAUCAUGGGAGUGUCCCCAUCAUUGUACCAUUGAUCCCACCACCAAUACUGAAACCGCCGACAGAUGAUGAAAUGAUAAAUGUGCAAAUAGUUUGUGCUUGGUGCCAGAAGCUGGGAAUUAAGCGUUAUUCCCUCAGCAUGGGAAGUGAGGUGAAGUGUUUCUGCAGUGAAAAGUGCUUUGCAGCUUGCAGACGGGCUUAUUUCAAGCGUAACAAGAGUAUGCCAUUUACUGCGGAAGGUUGGCCAUUUGAAAGUAGUCCUGCAUCUCAUCGUGUUCAACAGACCGUUGGCAAUAGGAUUUGGGACGUCAUGUUGCGACCGUACAGAACAUUGGCGAGGCCACUUUUAGAUACUGCGUACAACUCUGGUGGCCCUUCUAUGCCCAAGAAUCGAGGAUCCCCCACCAGCGCCCGACAGACUCCGCAUGGAACAGAGGUUGAACUUGGGAGCGUUCUGGAUAGAAUAAAAGACACAACAGUAUGUGACUGGUGCAAGCACAUUCGGCACACAAAAGAGUACCUAGACUUUGGAGAUGGAGAACGACGGCUACAAUUCUGCAGUGCAAAAUGCCUCAAUCAGUACAAAAUGGACAUAUUUUACAAAGAGACACAAGCCAAUCUUCCUGCAGGCUUGUGUAAUGCUGGGCAUCCUCCAGUGGAAAAUAAGUCUGAUAACCCAGGCGUGCAACUACUGACUCCAGAGUCUUGGAACAUGCCACUGUCAGAUGCUCGGAGAAAGGCCCCAUCUCCUGUGGCACCUUCCUCUCAGACUCAAGUCCCCAUCCCUUCUGCAUCUGCUACUCUGUCUCCAUCUGAUCCUGCCACUAGUUCUGCUGCCAAAAUUCACACCCCCAUCUCGAAGGCAGUGGCUGCAAAUGAAAGCCCCAAUAUUGCACCAAUGCAGCUUCAACAACCAGCCAAUAUCGUGCCUCCAGUGGGUGUCCCUCCAGGUAAUCCCUCUAUGGUCAUGACUAACCGAGGUCCUGUGCCUCUGCCAAUAUUCAUGGAGCAGCAGAUGAUGCAUCAGAUUCGCCCAUCAUUUAUCCGAGGACCCCACACUCCAAGCCCUAACAGUCCUCUGCCAAACCACAUGAUUUCAGGGCUUGGUCCUCCGACAGGUGGCUCCAGAACUAUAGGUCCUAAUUCCAGCCCCAUGCAUAGACCGAUGCUCUCGCCACAUCUUCAUCAUCCAUCUACACCCACAGUACCAGGGAAUCAUCAAGGGUUACUCCCCUCAGGAGCACCCCUUCCUAAUGUUUCCUUUCCACCUAUCAAUAUGAUGCCAAAUGGCCACAUGCAUAUCCCACACCUUUUAAACUUUGGGGUGCCAUCACUUGCUCCUUUGGUCCCCCCUCCAACGCUUCUGGUCCCCUAUCCUGUAAUCGUUCCACUGCCUGUGCCAAUUCCGAUCCCCAUUCCAAUUCCACACACGUUUGACUCCAAAUCUACCAAUGGUGUUUCCAGCAAUGCUGAGAGUCUCAUUCCAAGCACUUCUAACGAUGAAGAUGACACGAAAGAGCCAAGUAGUUCAUUGACAUCAAAUAAUGUGCAGCAGAGGCCUUCCAAGUCUAGUAAAGCCUCAGCUAACUGCUCAAGCCAUUCUUUGAACCAGCCAGCCAUACUUCUUGACACCAGCAGGAGUGAGGUUGUCGAUCUAACAGUCAAGCCUAAUGGUCCAAUUAAAAGUGAUUUUUCUUACGCUGACAUGGUAGACUUUCCACAAGAUGGAGUCAUAGACUUGACUAUGAACCAUAGAAGCAGGCUUAAUCACAUCGGUCAUAGGCCUUUGCAUCCUUCUGUGAAACUUGAGAAUGAAGGCAGAAGUGUUGUAGAUUUGACUGUUUCUAGUCCGGAUAAGCGGAACUGUCUCGACCUUAGGGAUUUUCCUGAUUUGAACCCUAUUGAGUCAAAGGUGUUAUCUUGUAGUGAUUCCUCCCACUGCAGCACUGUCCAGUUAAAUUCAGGAAGCUCAGGAGGUGACUCUGAUUUAACACCUUGUAAUCUGGUUAUGAAUGGCACAAAAAACGUGGAUGGUUCCCACUGCUCAGAAGAAAGACCAGACCAGCAGCAGCUUCCACCACCACCACCACCACCACCACCGCCACCGCAGCAGCAACAGGAGGAGAUCGCUGUCAACGAGCUGGAGUCAGUCAAAGAAAACAACUGCACACCAAACUGUCAACUGGAGUUAGAGGCAGGAAUCUCGGUUGACAAUCCGCUGAGCAGCCUGGAGAAAUGGAGCAGUGCAGUCAACUUCCCGUCCACCAAGACGCCGGCAGCCGGCAGCCGGCCGGACCGGCAGGGGAUGAGCAGCCAGGUGACCUCCCAUCGCAAACGGCACUACUUUCAGUGUUCAGAGCUGAAAGAAACCAUCUGGAACAACUCCGCCUAGGACAGAACUGACUCCAGCGUCUCCUCCAUGUCCCACUAGUGCGUCUACAGCUAUCAACAGAAACGUUUGGCAGUCCUACUCUACCCCAUCCCUCCUUUAUGUUCUUGUGACCUCUCCCUGCACCUAUGGUCCUACUGGCAAUUUAACUUACUUACCUGGAGUGACCUGCUUUUGUUUCUUAAGUCUUUCCACCCCCCCCCUCCAAAAAACACACACACACAGGCACACACUCUCUUCUCAAAAGAUGCACUGACCAAUUUUAGGUGUAUUUUUUUCCCCUUUGAGUGUUUAUUAAUUAUUUAACCUUUUUUUUCCCCCUUCCGUGACUGACCUGGGAAUUAGAACCGGCAGCUGUGUGUGAGAAGUUGAGGUGGUGAACUCACCUCCUGGUCAGCGGUUCGAUCCCCGUUCAGGGAGUAGAACAAGGCACUUUUUAAUUUUAAAAAAAAUUGUUUUAACUGAACCGGAACGAAGCAGUUGUUAAAUUGACUAACUUUGUCUACUCCAAGCUAGGUGUAGGUCCCCCGGUCAGUUCCCUAGCACUCUGUUGCUGCUGCCUCCAGCUUUUUGUUCUUUCUUUUCCCACUCACGAAACCACCUUUCUUUCAGUGUUAAAUGGACAUUCAUUUCCAUUUUCGUUGACUGUAGGAAAGCUACACGUUUUUUCUCUCUCUCCUAAAUUUACUGUGGCUGUUCACUACGUUGCCAAAGGAAAGCGGAGCUGCUCUGUUCAGUAUACUCUGGGCGAAGUGUUUAGAUUCUCUUCCCGUCUCCGGCCUUUCCAGUCUCCUUUAAGGAGAAGGCAGAAGGCUUGAGGACUAAAAUUCCCCCUGAAAGGCGAAAUGUCAUCGGUGGAGGACUAAUUGGUAGGCCUCAGUGAAAUCUGAAGCCCUGAGCAUUCUUGCAGUGUUGGAGGAAGUUGGUGAGAGACAGACUUAUCCCCUUGCCCUCCAGCCCCUCAACUCCCCCUCCCACCAAAUGUACACAGCCCCCUGUACGAAGAACAGCGUGACUACAGGACAAAGUAACUGCAAAAGUAGUGUGCGAAUGAGCCUCUCGUAUUAUUUUGUCGUUAUCGUUACUCCUCCGUUUGCUUUCUCGUUUUUUGCGUUUAAAAGAGAAAUGUGCAAUUGAAUCCGCGGAUGCUGGUGGAGGAAACAGGGUAGGAUAUACUUGUCUGCACUACAAUAGGCCCAGCCCCGAGUGCACAGUGCUGCCCACACGGACUAGUGCGGGCUUUGCCCUGAAAGACUAUGGGUGUCAUGAUGUAGGUGUCUCAUUUUGCAUGGUGACUUACGUUGUGCAAUCAGUUUGUUUCGAUGUUUCAUGUAAUUUCUUUUUUUUAAAAAAUCAGAUAAAUAUGAUACCAUAUCAAAUGUUUUUUUUUUGUUUUAAUUGUAGUCAUCUACAGCGGUAUGACAUCUUUACAACUCCCCCACUUCCUCCCCUUGCGGUCUAGUUAAGCCAGUAAUGUUAACACGAGCUGGAAUCGCAAAGCACUGCAGGCACUUUAGUGUCUGGAUCUCAUAGAGUCGUUGCAUACUGUGCAGCAAAGAGCUGGCACAGCCUCUUUCUGUUCCCUGGCAGAUGCCAUCUCCUGUGCCAUUUGAGACCAGAGCAAGCAUGAUGAUUUGGGGAGGGGAAGGGGGUGAUGUAAUCUGAGCUCUGUAAGUAAAUACUGAUCCUUUCAGUAAGUUUUGUUUCAUGGAUGUAUAAUUCACUUUUUUAUACCUUUAUUUGAACCUAAUUAUUACAUGUUUAUCCAUCUCUUUUUUUGUAUUUUUUUUUCCUAAGCACCAUCCAGCCAGUAGGUUUUAUUUUUCCUGGUGUAACUUUUCAGAAGUAUUAGAGCUGCCUAGCAACUGGUUGCAGCCUGCUGAUGUCAUAGGAUCGGGUGACAGAAAGUUUAAAGGGAAAAAAAACAAAACUGAGCUGUUAGCUACCUUUACCCCCCAUUCCAAAUUCUCCCCACAUUUCUCUCAGGCAUUUUGCUUCAGACUGCAGACAGGCCAGUGGCUUGCAGCCGUGCACAGAAAUGUCACAGGUCCCAUUGAUUCGCGAGAGAGUAAAAAACACAAAGCCAAUUUUUCUGUCUCAGUUCUGAGUGCUAAUGUGAAGCUUGUCUCCAAAUUGGAAAUUGUUGAGUCAGAGAUUUGGUGCUGAAAUAUGAAGCUGGCGGUGGAGUGUCUGAGAUGAGGUGUAUAUAACAUGAAGGCCCAGAGCGGGAGAUUAUAUGUCUGAGCAACAAAUUGUUUUCUCCAUUUCAUCCUAUAUGGCUUAUUUUCAGGAAUAAACACCACCCUUGGUCUCUCAGCCUUAUAUGAGGUGAAGGUUUACAAUUGUUGUAUUGGUCCCGACCCCUUUCCCCUGUCCCCUUUAUCUUUAUUGCUCAGUCCCGAAGAUGCCCAUACCCAAACUGAGACCCAGAGAAUAGCUACAUUUUUUUCUAAUUCACGUAUGGAUUCAUGACAUUGGCCGGCAUUUAUUGCCCAUCUAUAAGUGUCCAGAGGACAGUUAAGAAUUAAC